UGUCCGUGUGCUUUUGGAGAGACAUCCUGACGUUUGGAUACUGCAGCACUCUGCUGUGGAGUUGAACCUGGAUGGCAUGAGGACCCAGAGGAUCUCCAGACACUGAGCUCCCCAUCAUUGCUGCUAUUGCUGCUGCUGAUACUGCCAAGGAUGCUCAUGCCUCGUGAGGGCGGGCGGGAUGAGGCUCAGAAGCUGCACAGAAAAUGGAUGAAACACCAGGCCUUCAUGGCCGAACUGGCUCGCAACAAAGAAUGGCUGGCCAAAAUUGAACAGGAGGGCAAGGAGCUGAUUGAGGAGCAGCCUGAGCUUGGGCCCAUGGUGGACCAGAAGCUGAAGGAGAUGAGGGAAUGCUGGACACAUCUGGAGAGCACCACCAAGGCAAAAGCUCGCCAGCUGUUUGAGACCCAGAACCACAGAACCACAGAUGUUCCAUCGCACAGCCUCUCGGAUCUGGACCAGCACCUCAGCGUGCUGCAGGACGAGCCACCACCUUCGUCACACUCCUCACACUCCUCACACUCCUCACACACAUCAUACUCCACACACACCAGCCCCUCGGCCAGCGCCGCCGUCCUGAGCCCUCGGACCACAUUUAGCCAGCAGCUGCAAAGGAUACAGUCAAUGGAGGCUCAGAUGCAGCUCUAUCCUGGUUUGAUGCAGCUGAAGUCCAACAGCGGACAAAGCGACGCAGACGGGGCCGACACGAUGCACCGUGGGCCAACCGGUUCCGAAUUCCAGCGCUCGGGGGACGUGGCCGAAACACGAAUUGUGCGUCUAAUCGAACCGCUGAAAGAAAGGAGGCGGAUCCUUCUGGCCUCCAAAGAAAUGCACCAAGUCACACAAGACCUGGAAGACGAGAUCUUGUGGAUUCAGGAGCGAUUACCGUUGGCCUCCUCUACCGAAUACGGCACCAACAUGCAGAGCGUUCAGCAGCUUGUUAAAAGCCAUGAGGUGUUGCAGAUGGAGAUGCAGGCCAGAAAGGGGCGUGUCGAGGAGGUGCUGGAGAGAGCCGAGGCAGUCGCCGCCCUUCGCACUCCUGAGGUGGAGAUCAUCAGAGAGGGAGCGAUGCACGUGAGGCAGCUGUGGGAGGUGCUGCAGGUGGAGGGAGAGCGUCGUACCAUGAUGCUGGAUGCGGUGAGCCACGCCCAACAAUACUACACAGAGGCGGCGAAGGCGGAGUCGUGGCUCAGCGGGCAAAAGCUGCAUGUUCUCAAUGAGGAAAAUGGCAACGAUGAAGCCAGCACACUAAGGCUGCUGAAAGAGCAGUUGGCUUUAGAGCAGAAGGUGGAGAAUUACGCCGAGACGGUGGGCUUCCUGUCUCAGCAGUGCCGCCGCAUGCUGGAGCUGGGACACCCUGACAGCGAACAGAUCACUAAGCAGCAGGCUCACAUCGACCGGCUCUACGUCUCCCUGAAGGACCUUGUGGAGCAGAAGAAGACCAAGCUGGAGCAGCAGUACUGGCUCUACCAGCUGAAGAAGGAGGUGGAGGCUCUAGAGAAGUGGAUCUCUGAGAGAGAGGCUGUCGCAAGCUCCACUGAGCUCGGCCAGGACCUGGAGCAUGUCACGGUACUACAGGAGAAGUUCACAGAAUUUCGGGCCGAAACGAGCACCGUGGGUCAGAGGCAGAUGGACUCUGUAAACAAGAUGGUGAACGAGAUGAUCGACUGCGGUCAUGCAGAUGCUGCCACCAUCGCGGAGUGGAAGGACGGCCUGAACGAGUCAUGGGCCGACCUUCAGGAGCUGAUGGAGACCAGAGCACAGAUGCUCGCCGCCUCACACCAGCUCCACAAGUUCUUUACCAACUGCCAGGAGGUGCUAUUGCAGAUCGAGGGGAAGAUGAGGCAGUUACCAGAGGUGCGUUCGUGUCAGGUGAGCACCGCCAACCCUGGCACACUACAGAGACUGCUGCACUCCUUUGAACACUCUCUGCAGCUGCUGGUCUCACAGGUGCGUCAGCUGCAAGAGAACGCGUCUCAACUCCGUGCCAUCUACGCCGGAGAGAAGGCCGACACCAUCUUGAUCCGUGAGCAGGAAGUGAUGCGCGCAUGGAAGGAGCUCCUUGUGGCCUGCGAGGGCAGCCGUGUACAGGUUACUACGGUAACAGACAAAAUCCAGUUUUUUGCCAUGGUGCGUGAACUCAGCAUGUGGACAGACGGGAUCAUGGGUCAAAUCGGCCCGGUCGAGGACGCACGGGACUUGACCACUCUGGAGUGCCUGAUCUCCCAGCACCAAAAUCUGAAGAGUAAAAUGGAGAACAAAAGCAAGAGUUUCAUGCAUUGUGUGGAGAUGGGCAAGAUGCUGCUUGCGGCACACAAUCCUGCGGCCGAGGAGGUAAAGGAGAAGUUGGAGUAUGUGAUGGCGAAGCAGAAAGAUCUGAAUGAUAAGUGGGAGCAGCACUGGGAGAAACUCAAGCGCAUGCAGCAGCGGUUACACGCCGCACAAGCAAGCAAGGCUGAAGGGACGUGGCACGCAACGAAGGAGUCGUUGAGCAGCGGCGGUGAGGCAGAGGGCGGGGCUGAUGAGGUGGAGCAGCUGAUUCGUCGACAUGAAGCGUUCCGUAAGGUGGCAUGUACAUGGAAGGAGCACUUCAUCUCUUUACGACAGGCAGAGAAAUUGAAAGAAGAGCAAAGCAAGCAGUCCACUUCCUCGUCUCUCCUCAACAGACAGAUGUUUCCAUUGUCCUGCCUCGUGCCCAGCUCAUCCUCGUCCUCCUCUUCCUCGUCUCUUUUCCGGAGCCCUCUGCAGGACAUGAUCCUCGAGUCCAAAUCUGGUCUGGACCUCGCACAUACUCAACAAACUUCCCAGAGGCUUGGAUCUGCACUGAAUCCCUAUGCUCCUGUCAUGAAUGGCUCCCCUUACCACAGGCUCAGCCAACAAGUCGGGGCAUUGGGCACAAACAGCUCCAGUCAAACCGGGUUAAACCAACAGGGUAUUUUUGGGCUGGACAGCUCGAGUUACACUGGCCUAAACCAAGUUGGCAUGUUAGGUUCAGACAGCUCCAGCUACACAGGAUUAAAUCAACAGUGUGUCUUAGGAGCCAAUGGCCUGAACCCCCUCAGUGCUAUGGGCGUGACUGAACCCAGAACCACAUUCGCCUGGCAGCAGCUCAAAGCUGACUUGCAGCCCAGGAUCAACCACAUGCACAAGGCUGUAGGUCCAUUGCUGGAGGCCCAGGCUGGGCACCUGGUCCCAGUGGGUGUACCAAUGAGCACUGAGGCAUCCCUCGAGCUGCUCCAUGGACGGCUGCAGAGGGACCCGCGUGGCAGCCGCUCAGACCCACAGAUGGACCACAUGCGCAGGGAGCGGGAGUACAGGCUUGGGCGUCACACCUCCAGUGAGCAAGAGAUCCAGGCACGGCUCAACGAGUUGCCCAUGAUUGUGCGCCAGGAGAGGCACCAAAGGCGCAGACUAGAGCGCCAGUCAUCCAGCGAGCACGAGGGCAGCGGCAGGCACAGACUUCAGAAACAGGACUCCAGUGAUCAUGAGUCGGGAAAAGAAGGGUCAGACAAGAAGCAGACAGGGGAAAAACGCUCCACUAUGGCUGAGAUUGUUGAACAGGUGCAGGAGAGAGAAGCAUGCCAAGCGAGGGGAGAGGUGUAUCGUCCCCCCAGCAGUCUCUCCGCCCCUGUCUCCCGUCUUGAACGACCUCGAGCUCGCGAUCGACCAAAACCGCGCAGACGUCCGCGUCCUAAAGAACCCGAGGAGACGAGGCGGUCACGGUCAGCGCCAGCUCAGAGUGCACCGAGCACACCACAGCCACCCACACAUACCGUUCAACAGGAGGGCUUCCUGUACCGCAAACACGAAGAGGAAGGCAAGGAAAAGAGCCCUAACAGCAAGUCGUGGGUGAACCUGUACUGUGUGCUCAACAAAGGGGAGAUCGGCUUCUACAAGGACGCCAGGAACACAACGACCCCGUACAACGACGAGCCGCUCCUCAACCUAGCCAUCUGUACCUUCGACACUACCAACGGCUACAAAAACAAGAAGAAUGUCUUCAUCCUUAGGAGUGAAACCGACGGGGACUAUAUCUUCCUGGCCAAAGACGAGGAGGACCUGAAGCGUUGGGUGAAUAGCAUAAACGCCAGCCUGAGCGAGAUCGAGGAGAUCGCCAAGUGGGAGAAACCCACCACCUCCUCCACCGACCCUGACAAAUCAGAGCGUAAGGAGCGCUCUGAGGGGGCGGAGCCAUCGGAGAAGUCGGAACGCUCAGAUCGAUCGGACAAGCGAGAAGGGGAGAAAAGCUCCGAAAGCUCAGAAAAGAGGGACACUUUGGAGAGAAUGAGGAUGGAACGAAGAGGGAGGGAGAGAGGAGAGAAGGAGAGGGGAGAGAAGGAAAGGGUAGAGAGAGGAGGGAAAGAAGAGAGAGGAGAGAAAGGAGACAGAGACAAAGAGAGGAACAGAGAGAGGGAGAGGGAGAGAGAUCGAGGAGAUCGGAGUUCCAGGGGUUCGAGCACCUCGGGGAAAAGUAAAUGAUACCCUCAGCUUAUCAAUCCAUCCAUCCAUCUAUCCUUCCAUAGAUCCGCCAAGAGUGGAGGAGAGGAGAAGAACAAGUGCUUUUACUUCUCCCUCACCCCGAUGACACUCUGGUGGGGUUUUCCUGUCAAAACAGUGUCCAAAGAGAGCGUCUGCAUAAGCGUAGGAAUUAAUCUUGUCCUGAAAUUAGUAAACAAAUACAAAUAUAAAAAAGUCCCCUAGAUAACUGAAAAGCCUUUUUAAAGAAAGCAAUAUGAUGUAUGCAGUAGGUGAUUUAAUAUCUGAUUCAUAUUCACCCCCUGUGUGUGUGUGGGUGGGUGUGUGUUGUGUGUGUGCGUGUGUUGGUGUGUAAACGGAGAGUGAGAAUAGUGUGUGUAUGCCUCUGGGAAAUGUGAAGGCACUCAGGACUAGAAAAGACCUGAAACUGGAAACUCUCACCCGUGGAACCACACACACUUUAUACCCUCCACUGACUAUAUACCCCGCUUCAGCUGUGGUACUAAACUCAUACUGAAGAAACAUUCAUUCAGCUCCAGUAAGAACUUCUGGAGGUAAUCCUUGAAGUUUCCUGAACAGUUUGAACAUAUUGAACAUAUCCGAUCCGUAGUCCAUCAUUCAGGAUAUGUUCAGUGUCUGCAGUUUGCUUCUUUUGUUUUUCUAUCAGAACUGCGAUGCUGACAAAAAUAAAAACACAUAACCAAAGCUUUUAGGCAACGGUUUCGAAUAAAUCACCAGCAAAUCAUCGAAAUCAGUGGUUAUCAAAAGUUCCCAAACCCCAGAAUGUCUAAAGCAAGUCAGCACAUAAACAUAUCAUCGCUGUCAGACGGAAUCCUCGUAUCUCCAAAACCGUUACUUUUUAGGAAAUAAAAAAAAACGCCGUACCUUAUCUGCAGUACACAGGGUUUAGUCCGCGUUGCAGUGGAUUGUCUUGCGCUAAAUUCCUGUCCUCAGACGAGCACCAGAACUAGCGGGGGUCAAGAUUUUUUUUCUUUGAGCCCAGUGUUUUGAAGACAUUUACCUCAGAAGACGUGUUGAUUCGUUGCGACUCUUCUUGAGGAGAAAUAUGCCGUGAAGCUCUCACACGGAGUGAGGAAGAGGUGGACAGUUGAAGUGUCCAAUGGAGUUAUGAGAUUUGCGCUCAAGCUAUUUUCAAGACUUUAGAUUGGUUAAUAACUUGUAAAAAUAACAGACCCACGUGGGGACUGACCAAUAGCAUCGAUAUGUGAAAAAAUAUGAAAUUGACCAAAUUUGGACAUACGAGGUUUCCGCCCGACAGCGACGAUAUAAUAAUAUGAAUAAUAAUCUGUCUGGCUCAUAAACAGUCAGAAUAUUAUGUACAGUACAGGCGUAAAAUCGUUCAGGCUGAACUGGAUCAUGUGCUGUUUUAUACUCAUUUAACUGGAGUGUUCUAAUAAAGAAGCAAACGUCACACACUGAACCUGUCUAAAGCAUUAAAGGUGACGAUUGUUGUGUCAGUCAUAAAGCGAAAGUUUAUUCGGAAAUGUUUAUGUGUAAACCAGCAGGAAGCAAAAUCCUGAAUCAUCACCUCACUUCACUUACAGUUUUAUUCCUUUAACCUGCAUCACUUCACCUUCCAGAGCUGCAGCGCGAGCGCGUGCGAAAAGAAUUCGUCCGUGUAUCCGUCCGUAAGCUUUCGCAACGCGUGAAAUCGAAUUGUUAGGAUUUUACUCGACGUAUCGGAGGAACGUCAAGAGUUCUGUCCCGACGUCGUCUCUAGCCGCCUUACGUUCUUUUUCGGUUGUAAAACGAUUAGCGGAAAAAUGAUUAGCUCAGACGGAAGGUAUGACGUUUGUGAAGUUGUUACGCCAUUAAAGAUCUUGUAUAUAUCUAUACAUAUCUAUAAAUAUAUUUGUAUGUAUAUAAUAGUAAACACGACUUCUACAAGCUACACUGAAUUAAGACAAACUUUCAUUACUUUUUAUUAAUCAGCGGAAAUAUAACGAGCUAAACAAAGUAUUAUUCGCCUAAAGUGGUUAUUACUUUAUGACGGAGUGCUAAAUGUGCAUUUACAUAGCCUUUGUAGACCCAAGGCAUACACACACACACACACACACACACACGUCGGUCACUCGAGUCACAGUCUCAGAGCGAACUUCUGACCAGCCACCUCAGUAAGGCAGAAGAUUCCCACCACACAGUAGCAGCAUCACAGAGCGUGAUUUCGACGUCUACGCAAAGUGUCCAAACGCCGAAUGUCCGCACGUCACUCUCUGUGUUUGGAGGUCAAGCUCGGCCGUCUUUUUCUAAACGCUCGCCUCGUCGCCUCACUUAACGUUUUUUUUUUUGGUCUUCCAGUUUUUCAUUGUGGUAAAAUUUUGUACUUUUAAAAGUGAGUAUCUUGAUCUGAAUGUCGAUCAAACAACGACAACAAAGUCCUCCCAGAUCUGCACCUUCGCUUACUGAUAGACGUGUAUUUGUGCUUUGACUGUCUUUUUAUUUAUUUAUUUAUUUAGUCACGUGCCAUAAAAUGUUUCUUCACAUUUUUCUAUUUAAUAAUCCUAAUCGUUCCCAUACAGCGCUGCUGCGUCUGACACGCAUCCGGGAUUUUAUUUAUCUAAAUAAAUGCACAAGCAUGCACAAGUAUCUGUUUUCUCACCGUUUUAGGGUUGCCAAAUUUAGCGUAGGGUUUUUACUGCAUCGGCGACGUCCUCGCUGAAAUUCUAUCUAUUUUGUCACACAGGAUGGAGUCUGCCACAUUUAUCGUUAGCUGAAUGUCAAACUCCUGACUCUACGUUCACGCUAGCGAACAGCAAAGUGCCGAGCCACUGAGGUUUUCUCGAUUUUCAUGCUAAUCAGGAACAACGCUGUAAAGCGAUACGUGCAGACGAUUGACCCGAAUGAUUCGAUCUAUGGAGCAUGGAGCAUGAAGACUGACAUUUCUUCAGUUCCCUUUUCCUGUUAGAUUUCUCAUCAGGUCACUAAAUGUGUAUAGAGACAUUCUGAAUUAAAAUAAAGAAACAAACUCCAGGCUAAUGCUAGUGUGAAUGCAGGGUAUGAUCUGGGGUCAGUCUUCCUUUACUGCAUAAUGCUAGCUCUGAGAUGAGCUUGUGUGUGUGUGUGUGUGUGUGUGGUGCGGUGUGUGUGUGUGUGUGAGAGAGAGAGAGAGAGAAGUAUGUGGCACUGAUGCACUGAUGGAGAAUCAGUAUGUCACAGAUCUAGGCUCUGGAGAACAGCCCUGUUUCUCCUGCAGAGAGAUAGAACAUGCAAGAGACACUAUGGAAGAAGAGAGAGAGGGAGAGAGAGAGAGAGAGACAGAACACAAUCUCAAAUCCUGGCAAGGAGAGCAGAAUGAAAUGUAGGCCACCUGCUUUACCCAUCACAGCACAUUCACAAGGUUCCAUGUGUACCUAGUUUGCUUCUCUCCUAGUGCCCCUGAGCGAGGCUUUAACUUUAAGGGCACUCUGAGAGCACAAACGUAAAGAAUGUAUCAACCCUAACGGCAAGUUUUCACCGGUUGUGAGUUUCAUAGUUAUGGCAUCGAAAAGGUAACCUGUCCCCAGAAUCCCUUCUCUGAUAUUUUAACACGUUAUUUUACACAUCGUGUCUGUUUUAAACUAAGAGAUGCUACAGAAUCCGGACUGUGUUCUUCUCACCUGAUGUUGGGGUCAUUGUUCAAAAAAAAGCACAAUAUCACCCCACCUAGAUGAUUCGGUGAUGACUUCUGGCCCCUUCGCUGCCCGGCCGAGCUCUUCGAGAUUUGUAGUUUCACCACAAGAGGGCAGCGAUACUCACUACUUCCAAGCUCCAGAACAUUCUAGAGGAACUUUAUUCGAACGUUCUCUCUGACUCAGUCAGAAGGUCUUUUUGCCACUUUUCGGCCCGUAUCAUCACCGAGCUUGACCUCGCCGCACUUACAUGUUUGUAUUUUCUGUUUGCUGCUGUACAAUGAGACAUGGCCACCACGGGUUUGUUUUUAUGUGGCCGA